GGGCGGUGUGCAGCCAGGCCGGCGUGUGGCCUCGCGCGGUCCCGACCGGUCUCGGGGGCUGAGGGCCUGAGGGGGCGGCGACGGCGCCGACCAGACGCCGCAACCGGUGGGGAGAGCGUGCUUCUCCCCCCUUGGUCUGCACUCUGCCCCGUUGGAAGAUAGCCUCCAGGGCUUCUCUUGCCCCUAGCCGUGAGCUGCCUGGCAUGGUGCUGGGAGUGGCCCCUGAGUCUACUCCGUGUUCAUCCAUCACCAGCCUGGAUACCAAGGAUGUGGUUCAGAAAAGACUCAAGAGGAGAAGCCGGCAGCACCAGCGGUUCAUGGCCCGCAAAGCCUUGGUGCAGGAGCAGGAGCUGUGUAACACGGCACCAAGGCCAGGAUCCUGCCCUCAGUCCUCCUCCUCUCAAAAGCCAGCAGACUCAGAGGCUUUAGGCAGCAGAAGGCAGCGUCCCAAAGCUAGGCCUGGCAGUGGUAGCCCAUGCAGCAAAGGGCCUGUCACCAGAGAAGCUCCAAGGCCUGGACCCAGCAAAUGUAUUGCCAUUGACUGUGAGAUGGUGGGUACAGGCCCUCGUGGGCGGGUGAGCGAGCUGGCCCGUUGCUCUGUAGUGAGCUACAAUGGCGAUGUUCUCUACGACAAGUACAUCCGCCCUGAGAUGCCAAUUGUGGACUACCGCACCCGCUGGAGUGGCAUUACCCGCCAGCACAUGCGAAAGGCCAUCCCCUUUCAGGUGGCCCAGAAAGAGAUCAUUAAGCUCUUGAAGGGCAAGGUGGUGGUGGGGCAUGCACUACACAAUGACUUCCAGGCCCUCAAGUAUGUUCAUCCUCGGAGCCAGACGCGGGAUACCACUCAUGUCCCAAACCUGCUCAGCCAGCCCAGCUCCCACACCCGAGCUCGGGUCUCUCUCAAGGACCUGGCCCUGCACCUGCUGCACAAGAAGAUCCAGGUAGGCCAUCAGGGACACUCAUCUGUGGAAGAUGCAACGACAGCCAUGGAGCUCUACAAGCUGGUGGAAGUACAGUGGGAACAACAAGAGGCCAACACUGCCCCGGCCCUCCCUGAGGACAGGGGAUCCGACAGCAGCACUGACGUGGAGCAGUACAUGGAGGACCAGUACUGGCCUGAUGAGCUGGCCCAGAGCACCAGUGCAGAAAUGAGGGAGGCUCAGGAAGGAAGGGAGUGAGAGAAAGGUACAGAGAGUGGGAGAGCCAGGAGCGGUCCUCCCUAGACAGACAGGGUAGGCAGCAGUCUGGUAGACAGGGUCAGAGCACUCACCUGACCGCAUGCUGGUUCACGACACCGCCCCUCCUGUAAGGGAUGCUUUUCCCCAAUUCCUGUGGGUUUGCUGAUGACACUAGGCAGACCUUGUCCUAGUGCCCAACAGGUAUAGAGAAAGUGCCAUAGGACUAUCCAAGGUUGUCACUGGCUUCCUGAGCCACGUCUUCUGGGCUCA